AUGAUGGCAGCAUUUGAGCUUCAAAACGAAGAGAACCCCUUCCUAAAUAAGAUCAUACAGGAAAAACUCCUCAAACACCGUACUACAGAUGGGAUAUCCGGAAAGAGGAAAUCACGACCAUAUAGGAAGCUAAUCGAAGAGAUGAAAAAGAAGUCCUCGGGCGCAGACAGUAGAGAUAAGACGCAAAGUGACCAAAUUGAAGAACAACAAAAUAAGGGGGGAGACCGCAGAGAUGCACCAAUAUUGAAAUGCAAUAAAGAAGGUACCCUACCCAGUCAAGCACAGAAGAAACUUGGAUGGACCACUGAAGAGCUGCAUAAGAUGGCCAAGCUAGAGUUGUCAGUGGGGACAAUGUUCCCACAUUUCAACAAACAUAUCCACGCGAAACUACUUAAUUACAAGACCCUGGAUAGUAUCAGGAGCAAAAGGAGAACAAGGGAAUAUCAGGAGAUACUCAACAGGGCACGACCUGACCCAAUUCCCGAAAUUAAGAAGCAGACCGGAGUACCAAAAUCACCAGCGAGUUCGCCACAGGGAAGGAAUAGACGGCUCUCCAAUCUUCGGAGAUGGUCCGUCGUAAACUUGUUAGAAGAUACGACCGAGAAUGAAGAAGAAGAAAGAAACCACGACAAUGGCAACCUGGAACCAUCUGGAAUGGAUACGACGAGAGACCAAGAUGGAAUGAACCACUAUCUGGAGGACUGGAUUAUAGGAGCGGGAAGAACAUCAUUACCGAUAGAAGAAGAUCAAGGAAGAGAAGGAGUCCCAUCAUCACCAUCACAGCCCUCAUCCUCAGGGGACGACUCAGGGCUACAAAGUAAUUCUGAACCAGAUAUACCAACUGUGUCCCAGCGAUCCCCCAACACUAUCGGGCAUACUGAAGCAGACCUGGAGAGAAUGAAGAAGGAAAUCUUUGGAGAGAGAAGCAACCAACCGAGAGCAAGGAAUACUAGGAGUUCUGCAAAUCAAGACCUACCAAGAAGGAUCUGGAGGAGAAGAGAAUAUGCAAUUGUCCAGCGAACCUGGAAAAAGAAUAGAGGGGCAGUUGCAAGAAACAUACUGGAUGGGAAGGACCCCCUGGCAGACCCUGCCUAUCCGCCGGGAACAGGAGAAUUCUGGGGUGCAUUAUUCUCCAGAGAAAGUCAUGUGACGACUCAAAGGCUGAUUAGAUUGAGAGGAAACGCAACUGAGAAUCUAAAAAUUUCAAUCAUUGAAGAAGUGACUAUUGAGGACAUCAGGUGGGCGAAAAAUAAAACAAAAUUGGGAAAUGCCGACGAGAUCAGAAUUGCCCAGUUUUAUAAUAUCAUCCUAAAUGAAUGCCUAAUUACGGACUUGGCUGCUUUGGGAUGAACCACCCUUGUCCCAAAGUCAGACAGUCCUACGGACCCGGGCGACUACCACCCCAUUACAGUGACCUCUGUAGUCACCUGCGGUCUCCAUAAGAUAUUGGCAAGAGGGCUGGCGGAGCGGAUCCCUACCUCGCCUAGACAGAAGGGAUUCAAAGCUGAGGAGGGAGUCGGGGCUAAUCUGCUAAUAUUAGAGAGGCUGAUAGAAGCAGCCAAGAUGAACCCGAGCAGCCUCUGCUUGUGUUUCAUAGACUUCAAAAAGGCAUUUGAUUCUAUUGACCACCAGGCCAUAACUACCAUACUUUGGGAACGCCAGCUUGAUGAGAAGCCUCAAUCAAAUAUUUGGAAAAAUACUAUAGUAAACUAAAAACGAAAAUCCUAACGUCCGAAGUGAGGGUGACUAGGGGAGUCAUGCAAGGCGACCCUAUGUCGCCCAUCAUAUUCAACAUCACCCUUGAGGCAGCCUUAAGUAAACUCCCCACCGAAGUUGGGGCUCGGCUGGAAGGAGAGAAAAUUCAAUGCCUGGCCUUUGCCAACGGUAUCGUCGCGGUGGCGACAACAAGGGAAGGAUUGUCAGCAGAGAUUGAUACAUUACUAGAAGAACCAGGAGCCCUGGGGCUUGAACCAGGCUUAAAGAAGUGUGCCACCCUCGGUAUCGUCGGCGACAGGAAGAGAAAGACAUGGUACCAGGACUCUAGACCAUUCUGGUACCAGGGAAUUAAAAUUCCCAACAUUAAACCAGGAGAAGUGUACAAAUACCUUGGAAUAGAGGAAGGAGCGGACACAAGAUCAAAUGGGAAGAAGGCCAUUGAAAAACUACGCAAUAGCCUGAGCAAGCUGCAAAGAGCCCCCCUCAAACCUCAACAAAAGCUAUGGUCCCUGAAGCGGGUGGCUAUCCACAGGCUUUUACAUGUCGCCACCAACGGUCGCCUCAAAGGCCAUCAUUUGAGGGACCUCGACUAUGAGGUAAGAAAAUUUACCAAGAAGGCCCUUCACCUUCCCAAGGACACCCCAAACGCCACUCUAUAUGCUUCUCUUGAAGAUGGAGGACUGGGGUUAUUCUGCUUUAAGAAAAUGGUACCAGUAGAUAUCAGAAGUACCUUGGAUAGAUUAAGAAAGUCUUAUGACCCGAUAGUGGCCAGAGUAGCAGAAAA